UCUCUUCAUGUCAUGGACUUGGAAUAUAUUCGGGAUUUCUCCGUUUUCCUGCUCCGCGGUGAAUUUUCUUAACGCGCAGGAGAGCCGUGACUGGCAUCAUCAAAACCUCUGACAUACCCACACACACAUUCACACACACACUCCCCCACACAUAUGGAUACGCACGGACUCAAAAGGAGAUAUGAUUUUUCUGUUAUUUAACAAUCCAUUGAGCGAAAUAGGAUCAGAACACCGGUUACGCAUUCACACACCCACGUACGCGCUAUGAUCAGGAGGAUUUGAGGCAUUUUUUCCUUUGCUGCAAAGUUGCGAAGAAAUCUGGGUACUUGAAUCGUGACAGCAUGGAUGGAUUUGGCGCGUUGUUUGGCGCAUUCGACGUCCGUCGCCCUCCCAGGAUAUUGUGCAGCUGGAAGGUCUUUUUUCUGCUCAGCGUCUUUUUUCACAACUACCUGAGCUCCUUGCUGGACUGUCCGCCCACCUGCACCUGCUCGCCCACGGAGAUCUUCUGCAAUAAGUCCGACAACAGCAGGUUCUUCCCGCUGCUGUCCUUCCAGGGCACCGGCAGCGGGGGGAACAGCACCGGGAGCAUCGAGGACCUUUUCCAGAACAUCACCUCCAUACACAUUGAGAACUGGACUGGCCUGCAGACAUUGAGGGAUGUGGACAUGGAGCUCUACACCGGCUUACAGAGGCUAACGAUUACAAGGAGCAAUCUGUAUUCGAUCCAGGCUCGUGUCUUCUCCAAGAACCCCCACCUGCGUUACAUAAACCUGUCCAAGAACCGCAUGCUGACCACACUCUCCUGGCAGAUCUUUGAACACCUGCAGCUCUUCGAACUGCAUUUAGAGGAGGUGGUGUUUACUUGCGGCUGUGAGAUUCGCUGGCUGCAGCUAUGGCAACAGAGAGGGGAGGCGGGGCUGAGCAGCCAACAGUUAGAAUGUGAUGACAGCUUGAAGAUAAAAGUGCUGCAGGUUAUGAACAUUAGCAGCUGUGACCUGCCAGAAAUCAGCGUCAGCCACAGCAACCUCACCGUUAAAGAGGGGGAUCGAGUAACGGCCAUCUGUAACGGCUCUGGAUCCCCGCUACCUGAGGUGGACUGGCCUGUCAACGGCCUGCACUCCAUCAAUGCACAGGAGGCUAAAGUCUACGACAACAACACCAUUCACUCCAUCAACAUCACUUUGGUCAACGUGAGCAGAGACGACAACAACUUCCUGCUAACCUGCACCGCCACCAACAUAGUGGGCAUGACCAACGCUUCUGUCCAGCUCACUGUGCACUAUCCUCCAACCAUUUUGAAGCUUUUGGAGCCAGAACGGCGCCAUGACACGUGCAUCGAGUUCACGGUUCGAGGCUGGCCCCACCCCACCUUACAAUGGUUCUACAAAGAUAAGGAAAUAUCCCACACUGAGUAUGUGCGUCCUGAUAUGGAUACGUAUCAAGACUACAUAGAAGGCUGCCUAACCUUUAAGGUCCCAACGCACCACAACAACGGCAACUACACACUGGUGGCCACCAACGAGCUGGGUGAGGCUGUCAGCACCAUCUACGGGCACUUCAUGGACAAGCCGAUCGUUGAUAGUUCAGAGACAGAUUAUAUUUAUGUUACCCCGACUAAUGAAACUCACAAACCUGACGAAGAUACUUUCAGGGUGUCCGUAGCAGUGGGCCUGGCAGCGUUUGCCUGCGUGGUUCUGGUUCUCCUCUUUCUCUUCAUCAACCAAUAUGGACGCCGCUCCAAGUUUGGCCUGAAAGGACCAGUAGCAGUAAUAAGUGGUGAGGAAGACUCUGCCAGCCCCCUUCAUCACGUGAACCAUGGGAUUAUCAGUCACUGUACUCUGGAUGGGGGGCCAGACGCCGUGGUGAUUGGGAUGACCAGGAUCCCCGUCAUAGAGAACCCUCAGUACUUCAGACAUGGACACAACUGCAACAAACCCGCCACCUAUGUGCAGCAUAUUAAACAGAGGGACAUCAUUCUGAAGAGGGAGCUCGGAGAAGGAGCCUUCGGCAAGGUCUUCCUGGCUGAGUGUUACAACCUGAGCCCCACCAAGGACAAGAUGCUGGUCGCUGUAAAGACUCUGAAGGACCCCACUCUUGCAGCCAGGAAGGAUUUCCAGCGUGAGGCCGAGCUGCUGACCAACCUCCAGCACGAGCACAUCGUGAAGUUCUACGGAGUGUGUGUGGACGGAGACCCUCUCAUCAUGGUGUUUGAGUACAUGAAGCACGGAGAUCUCAACAAGUUCCUCAGAGCCCACGGGCCGGACGCCUUGAUCCUGGUGGACGGACAGCCUCUGCAGACCAAUGGGGAGCUGGGUCUGUCGCAGAUGCUUCACAUAGCCAGUGAGAUUGCAGCUGGGAUGAUCUACUUGGCGUCUCAACACUUUGUGCACCGUGAUCUGGCAACAAGGAACUGCUUGGUGGGGAAUGGCCUUCUGGUCAAAAUAGGAGACUUUGGCAUGUCCAGAGACAUCUACAGCACAGAUUAUUACAGGGUGGGAGGGCACACCAUGCUGCCGAUCCGCUGGAUGCCUCCAGAGAGCAUCAUGUACAGGAAGUUCACCACGGAGAGCGACGUGUGGAGCUUCGGGGUGAUCCUGUGGGAGAUCUUCACAUAUGGCAAACAGCCAUGGUUCCAGCUCGCCAAUAAUGAGGUGAUUGAGUGCAUAACUCAGGGGAGGGUACUGGAGCGCCCCAGGGUCUGUCCCAAUGAAAUCUACGACAUGAUGUUGGGUUGCUGGCAAAGAGAGCCCCAACAGCGCCACAAUAUUAAAGACAUUCAGAAAAUGCUGUUUACUAUGAUGAAAUCCACACCGGUCUAUCUGGACAUACUGGGAUAGGAAUCGAUUAUGAGGGGAAAGGAAGCUGGAUGUAUUCCAAUUUGGACUAGACAUUUACUGCAAUAGAAAUGAGUACACUUGAUCGGAAAGAAAAUAAAUGUCUUGGAGCGGAAGCCUGGACUGGACUCACAGCAGUAUGUGAUGGAAACGUGAUUUGGGAUUUAGGAACUGACUGUUCCUAACAUCCAACUGCCUGACAGAUAAGGAUUGGAAAGGACAAACUAAAGUGAAGUACUUUGCGUUGAACUAGAUUGGAAUGAACCGGAUUACAUUGCAUUGCAUCAAAUUAUAAUCAAAGGAAAUGUCUUUGACCUUGCCUAAAUUGGUCGGGGCUUGUUUGGUCCAGUCUUGCUCCAUUUCGAACAAACUCAUGUUCAAAGAAUGGACUAUGAAGAUUGGAUUGCAUCACACCGGACUGAACUGGAAUAACCUGAUUGUACUGGUCUGGUAGAGUUUGAUUUCUUAUCCUUUUUAGGUAUCAUCAUUUCCUGUCCUUUACAUCUUCAUUUCAGCCCGUCUAAAUCAGUGCAGCUUCUGUUCUACCUUGAUGAAGCCUGGUAGAAUCUGGCUGAAACUUGGAAUAUUUAAAAAAAAAAAACAAGACCUAGAUUGUAUUGAGCUUUCCCUAAACACUUUUUAUCUUUGUCCCUUAAUACGUCAGAUAAGGGUUGGUUUGGCUCAACUAGCUUGGUUUCAACAACCCUACAUUAGAGCAAUCUUGAUUGGUAAUUCUUAUUUGGCUUGUCCUUUUGCCUGGUCCUCAAACAGGAAAUCACCUUCAACUUCUUCUGUGUAGUAUAGAAGAAGUUCAGAGGGAGAACCUGUAUACAGUAAUCUAAAGAAAUGUUUUAGCGAUUUUAAAAUAAGAUACUUGUGUGUUCUAGGACAUCGUUCCCAGGCUUGUCUAUUUGCCUUGAAAAUUGUACAUGCCUUGGUCUUGCCAUUGUUGCUGGCCAGAUCGGACCUAAUGUCCUUCAUGUAGAACUGGAACGUUUUUUAUGGUAAACAUUCCCGAAGAUCUUCAUGAUUCUUCACAGACGGAUCUGCUAAAAAUGUCUGCUAGGUAAAUCUGUUAGGACCUACUUUUGGGUGAGGUUCAACACUGUUCAUUGGAACAUUGAAAAAGUGGGUUAACAAGAACGGACAGAACGCAUAAGUCAAACAGCAGCUACUGUGUUUUUAAGUGGCAGUCUAUUUCAGCACGCUUCAAUGUUUCAUCUCCAAAGCCUUCAUAGAUACACCUUCUAGUACUGGACUCCUGUUACCCCACUGAGCGGUUAACUUCUGGACCAGCCUGACCGGACCUUCCAAUCCUGAGCCUGGAGGUGUGGCCUGAGUGACCGUCUGUCGCCAUAGAGAUGGACCUAAGUGCCUCCUACUUCUUUCUAAACACUUGGAACUUAAAAAUAUUAGUCUUAAAAAAAAGAGCGCUUUUACAUUUUGUUUACCUGCUUAACAAUUGUUCACUAGCUGUAAACCUUCCUCGUUUUUCUUACAAACUUUCAGCAGUCAAUGUAUUGCAAAACUAAAAAAUUCAAAAACAGGAUAAAAUUAUGAAAAUAUGAAGAAAAAAUGUAACCCAUGGGGAAUAAGCAAACAUGAACAAAAGCAAGCUUUUUGUACUAGCUUUACAAGAAUGUUGGAGGUGAAGUUACGUUUUCUGUUUUUAAAAUAAUUCAUAUUCUAUAUAUUUUUAAUUUUUUUUUAUCUCAAAUCAAAGAGUGGACCUCUGCCAUGCUCCAAAGCCAUUGGAAUAUUCUGCCACCGGGUAGGAAAGAACUGAUCACCACUGAAAGACAAACACUUGGCUGGGAUUAAGCUUUCCAGGAUUACUCAAAAGAAGCCUUUUUGUGUAGUGUUACAUACCUGGAUCCACUCUGACGUCAGCGAGCUGUUUGGCAACAGGAAGCCAAAACUGAACGGUGACAACGGAGCUACCAGUCAAUGAACAAAAUCUUUUUUAACAGAAUGUAUAUAUUGUAAAUCUCUGUCUUAAGAUAUGUUAACUUAUUUACUUUCUCCAGUUCGAUUAUUUUAAGCUUCUCGAUGUGUUGUUAUAUGGUUCAGUGAAAGCCAAUAGUUAUUUUGAUAAUCUUUCCUUCUAGUUGUAAUUACUGGUAUUAUUUACUUUAUGUAGUCAUGCAAUGUCUUUUCAGCAUUUUAAUAAGAUAAUCAACAUUUAAAUCAUCUCUGUUCAUUGUAUUUUUUGUUGCUUAUUUUGUUUUCUCAUGUAUUUAUCAGGGCAGUAGAUGAGGAAAGAUGUGCAGUUAUGGGCCAUUGUUUUAUUAUCCUGCUCAGAGUGCAAGUAUUGCUCUAGGUUAAUGUUUUUAAAGCAACAGUGAACAGUGUUUUGCCUAUUUAGGAUAUGGAACCAUGGAAAAAGAACUACUAGUCAAGCUCCCAAACUAGCAAAAUUCCCCACAAUCUUCUAGCAGAACUCAAUAUUUGGCUUAUAUUUUGGCCACUUUGGGAUCCCUUUUCCAUUAUAUUACACUGUACAUUUUUUAUGUUAUACUGAAUGUUUGAUCUAAUACAGUUUGGCUACCUGGUUUGCAAUUAAUUAUGAUCAGAAAAGCACUGAGAGGCUUUAAUAAAAACGGUGGUGUUUGCCGUUUUGCCAGAUACUUCUAAUAUACUGUAUACUGUAUAUAGUUAGCCUCACUCAACUGAGCGUGCAGAUAUCUGUCUACGUCCUAACAUACUCAUUACAUUAUGAUUUACUAUACACCCAUUUGCGACCUAUGCCAUUGGUCCAAUCUCAGCAGGAAUGACCAAACAGGGCAGGAGGUCAUUAGCUAAACAUUCUAUACAGGUUUGAUAUUCUGUCAAAGGGCAUUUGAUCAUAGCCCAUAACAAUUAGUAAAAACUGUUUCUCACUAGACUCAAUGACACCGACCAGCAAUCAAAAGCCAAUGCUCUGUCUAUUAGCUUGACACACAAAACCCAUACUUAACUGUGGAUGAGUCAGAUUAACAGCAACAUGACUGCUCAAUGUGUGUCCUACACUAAGCCAUACCUGUAUUAAGGUGUCACCUGUGUAAAGGUAAAGAACACGUCCAAAGGCCACAGUGGGAAAAUAACUAAGAAAGGUUUGAUGGUCUGAUACUGUAGCUGUCGGAUAUCUAUAAGUAAGCCACUGUCAUACUAUUCUGUGAACUGUUGUUUGAUAAUCAUGUAACCAAUGUCGUUGUCUCAGAAAUAGUUUCUCAAAGGGACCUUUGUGUUAAAAUAAUUGAACUUCGGAUACACUUGGCAUUAUCUUUGUAACUGAGAGUGCCCCGGAAGCUCACCAGGAAGUGCGGAAAUCUGUGCAUUUCAUAUAAAUGUACCAAGAUUGAGCAGAUGCAUACACCUGUGCUGUCUGGGAAGAUGUUUUGGUUAAGUCUGAUUCCAAUGCGUAUAUGUGCCGACUUGCGUUGUAAGUAUUAAAUUACACAUUUAUGUAAAACAUUACAACCACAAUGUCAGGACGAAAUAGAGCCAAAGUUAUCUUACAGAUUGUUUGAAACAUCAGUGAAAACUUUUCCGGCAUAUCUUUUUAAACCCUUUCAAGAACUACAGUAUGAUACCAUUUCUAGUGUUAUUUAAAGUGGUUAUUUUUGGGUUGAACUGUUACCAUGUCUAUUUCUCACAAGCAUGAAUAUUAUGAAGAUGGAACUUAAGGAGCGACAGGAAACUUCCGCUUCAGUAGCUCUUCGUCCUAUGUGCAGCAGCUAACAGAUUCCUUGUCUUCACACAACUGAAAAUGUCUGUUGGAAAAUAAGACAAUUUAAAAUUGGUUGUGGAUUGGCGGCAUUCAUUGCAUUUAGUGCUUACUGUGAUAUUAUUUCUCGAGAUGUCCUCCAGGAAGUAAGGCUUUACCAGGUUUACUAGUUGCCAUGGGGGGAGCAGCUUUAUUAGAACAUGCUUGGUUUACAAGCUAAUGUGAACCACUUUCUAUAUGAGCAGAAAAGGUCUUUGGACUGUGUGUGUCGUACGGAGGUCUUUGCAUAAUGGGAGUUCAGUGUGUGCUCAUUACCCUAGGGUCGCUUGUAACUAAAUACGCCCAGCCAUUGUUAUACUGUAUUUGACUUUGCCAUUAAAAAGCGCUCGCUAAUGGUGACGCAACAAUUUGCUUUACUUUAUCAGCAAAACUGAUUUUGACAAAAUCCUACAGUGGCAACCAUGACACCAUUUUUAUUUUCUUUGUCAAAUGAAUUUGUUAUGUCAGUACUGCUGGUGAAAGAAUACUCUGGUAGUGCUAAAUUAGAAAUCAGUAGUAAUAUAUACAGAGUUUCUCCUUUGGCAUAGCAAAACCUGAAAAAGCUCUGGGUUGGAAAACAUAACUUGCUAGAUGCUAGAGUUAGGGUUAACUUUUUUACUAUGUUUAAAGUAGAUUAAAUGAAAAAUGCCUUUUAAACACUUUUACAUCACAAUCCCCUGUCAUAUUGUGCAUCAUUUUUGUAUGUUUAUAUCCAAGGCCAAUCAUCCUUUUGUUGUAUAAAACAAAAUGACUUCUGCUCACGUAAUCUAGUGCCAACCAACUUCAACCAAUGAUAUUGUGUCAUCAAUCCAUUAAUUAAUCUGACCAAUUUGGGGUGUGUGUGGAGCCAGUUCUCUGUAGCUUUUAACCAUGCAACAUUCUAGGUGUUCCAUCUUUUUAGCAGUCCACCAUUUAGAUUCAACAUCCAAGGCCAAUGUAAGAAGUAGCCUGCCUCUCGUAGUGAAUUGAAAAAGUCAUGGUGUUGAGAGAGGGGUGGUAGAUGGACAGGUAGCACACCCGAUUUUCUGGGGUUUGUGGUUGUUUCGAACCCCGAAUUGUUUGGUGUGUAACUUUGACCACAUAAAAGUUGCAAUGAACAAAUAAUCAAUUCAAAAACCCUGUCACUGAAAGUUAAAAAAUGUUGGUAUUGAAAGGAAUUCAGGUCCGAUCAAUAUCAACAUUCUUUCUGGGGGUAGAGAUAAUCUGCGGUCAAAUUCUUCCUUUGACCAAAAAGGAGGGGCAGAAAUAUUGUAUAUGGAAAUCUACGAAUUGCCAGUACGUUUUAGGGGUGUAGUCUUUGUGAGACCCGAUGGUCUUGUUGUGGGAGGUUUAGCCUACUAGCCUUCAGGACUCUUGAGGAAUAAAAUGAGGUAGUCUGGCCAAGAGCGUCUAGUAACACCCAAUUAAGUUUCUGAGUUCUCCUGUUUACAUAGACCCGAGGCCCUUCUGGACCCCUUUUAAAAUCCCUAUUAGCAUGCUGCUCUAGUACAUGUGAGCUUCCUGGAGGACAAAACCGGUAUUUAAAACACCUCAAACUCUCAAAUAUACCGACUCAUCACGCUGCUAAUGUGUCCUGUAUGAUCACAGCAUUUUUAUUUUCCUCAGUUUUUCCAUGCUAUUAUUCAUUCUGACAUGCUCAUGUAGUCUUCUCCUUUCCUAAAGCGUUUUCCUGCAUCAUGUUUCCAAUAUAAAGUAUUUAAGCCAUCAUUACUCAAUAAUAAUUCAGUGUCUUCUCUUAUGCUCUCUCUCUGGGGAACGUGUUGUGUACGUGUAUCUGUCUCCAUGCUAUCAUUUAUAACUAUGUAUUAAUAAUUUGACAACUUGUACAAUGUCUUUUUAAAAAGCUGAGAUGUGGUGAACUUCUAAGGUGGCUUCAUGUAUGAU